CGUCGCUGAAGCCAGGAAGCAGGGAAGGAAGGUUGCACUUGCGCGUUUAUGUGACGUCAAGACACAGACGACAACAUCGGGGCUGCUAAUUUCAAGUAGUAAAACGCCAUAUACUGGUGUUUUUAAAGCGGCGGAUCGGCUGGUAAGCCUGCAGCAGGACUGGUGGAGUAAUGGCAAUGACAGAGCAGAGCCCAUGCUUCCCAAUGAGCAAUCACACAAAGGAACGAGUCACUAUGACCAAAAUGACAUUGGAAAACUUCUACAGUAACCUUAUCGCACAACAUGAGGAACGGGAGUUGAGGCAGAAGAGACUAGAAAAAGUCAUGGAUGAGGAAGGAUUAAGAGAUGAAGAGAAAAAGAUGAGACGGUCAGCACAUGCUCGAAAAGAGACAGAGUUUCUUCGACUGAAACGGACAAGGUUGGGGCUAGAGGAUUUUGAAUCCUUAAAAGUGAUUGGAAGAGGUGCUUUCGGAGAGGUCAGACUGGUUCAAAAGAAAGACACUGGACAUGUAUAUGCCAUGAAAAUAUUACGUAAAUCUGAUAUGCUGGAAAAAGAACAGGUUGGACACAUUCGUGCAGAACGAGAUAUACUGGUUGAGGCUGACAGCUUGUGGGUGGUGAAAAUGUUUUAUAGCUUUCAGGACAAGCUCAACCUUUACCUUAUUAUGGAAUUCCUACCUGGAGGUGACAUGAUGACCUUGUUAAUGAAAAAAGACACCCUAACGGAGGAAGAAACACAGUUUUACAUUGCUGAGACUGUGCUGGCAAUUGAUUCAAUCCACCAGCUGGGGUUCAUCCACAGGGAUAUCAAACCAGAUAAUCUCCUUUUGGAUAGCAAGGGACAUGUCAAGCUCUCCGAUUUUGGCCUUUGUACUGGUCUGAAAAAGGCUCAUCGGACUGAUUUCUAUAGGAAUUUAAAUCAUAGUCUGCCAAGUGACUUCAGUUUUCAAAAUAUGAAUUCCAAAAGGAAAGCAGAGACCUGGAAAAGAAACAGACGGCAGCUGGCAUUUUCUACAGUUGGUACUCCAGACUACAUUGCUCCAGAAGUGUUCCUGCAAACUGGCUACAAUAAGCUGUGUGACUGGUGGUCAUUAGGGGUCAUUAUGUAUGAGAUGUUGAUUGGUUAUCCUCCUUUUUGUUCUGAAACUCCACAAGAAACAUACAAGAAAGUUAUGAACUGGAAAGAGACUUUAACAUUUCCACCUGAAGUUCCUAUUUCAGAAAAGGCAAAAGACCUUAUUUUACGAUUUUGCUGCGAAUGGGAGCAACGAAUUGGAGCUUCGGGUGUAGAAGAGAUAAAGACCAACCCUUUCUUUGAAGCAGUUGACUGGGAACAUAUAAGGGAAAGACCUGCAGCUAUUCCUAUUGAAAUAAAAAGCAUUGACGACACUUCAAAUUUUGAUGAAUUUCCAGAUUCAGAUAUUCUUAAACCAAUGAGUGUGGCCAGCAAUCAUCCUGACACAGAUUUCAAAAACAAGGACUGGGUCUUUAUCAACUACACAUAUAAGCGCUUUGAAGGACUUACAGCAAGAGGUGCCCUUCCAUCCUUUAUUAAACCAAAGAAAUGAAGCAUUUUUGGAUAGGACAUGUUUGCUUCAUUGCUGUCUCUCUCCUAGCCUGGAACCUUUAGAGCAUAUGGGUGCCUUUAAACAAUGCAGCAUACAAAAAAGGACAACCAAGCUUCUAGAAUUUUUGAUAUUGUUUGUUUCCUGGAAAACUAUAUAACCUGUCACUUUUCUCAGAAGAAGAGAUUCUCAUGCACAGCCACUUAAGGUCCAUCCGUCGAUGUUCAAUAUUUUUGUUUGAAAUUUGAAACCAAGAAACAUGCCGUUUUCACAGCACUUCAGAUCUUUGUUUUUUGUUAUAAUUUGCAAAUACUUGACUAAGAGAUCAUGGUGUAUUUUCAUUUUGAGCAUGGACAGUUUGCUGAUUCUAUAGACGGAUUAUUUACACUGGGUUUAGUUUACUUGUAGAUAUCUUGUAACCUCACAGAGCCCCAGUAUGAGACCGUAAGAUGCUUUUAAACACUUAUUUUUGAAUGUCUGAUUUAGUUUUCAUACUUCUCAUUUAAGAAAAAAAACAUCCUUUGUAAAGAGUUGGUUCUAUGCAGACAAGCAAAUGAAUUGCUAUAAUUCCAUUAACCUUACAAGGCACAUAAUUAUGAGACGCACUUCAACCUGAUGGUUUCUCUAAUUUUGGAACUAGAGUUUUUCUUUGUUAUUAAAGUGAACUUGCUUUUC